AUGUUGAUGAUAGCUUGGAAUGUAAGAGGGUUCAAUGACCCUCUUAAACAAAAAGAAGUCAAGCACUUCUUUAAGCAUCAUAAAUGUCAGUUGUGUGCUCUAUUUGAAACCAUAGUUAGAAGAAAUAAUGUGGAUAAAGUAAGGAAGAAAUUGGGCUCAGAGUGGAGUUGGGAAGAUAAUAAUGAUUAUUCUCCUAAGGGUAUAAUAUGGAUUGGCUGGAAACCAGGGAGUCUAAAGGUCCAAAUGGUUUCUAAAUCAGAACAAGUUAUAGUGGUUAAUGUGGAAACUCUUGAUGGAGAUACGCUGAUUUGGGUGGCUGAUGUGUAUGGUUUACAUACCAUACAGGAUAGAAAAGCCUUAUGGCAAGAGCUUUUGCAAAUCUCUGAAGAAAGUGAUAAACCUCUCAUGCUGAUUGGGGAUUUUAAUGCAAUUUCUAAGGCUGCUGACAGAUUAAAUGGAGCUCCAGUUACAGAAGCUGAAACUCAAGAUCUUUCUAACUUUGUUAUGGAAAGUCAACUGAUGGAGGCUCCUUCAACUGGUCUAUUCUACUCUUGGAGCAACAAGAGCUCAGGGGAUGAUAGAGUGGACAGUAGAAUUGAUAGAGCCUAUGUAAAUGAGGCUUGGAAUAUGAGGUUCCCUGAUGUUUCAGUGCAGUAUUUGCCUAGUGGAAUUUCAGACCACUCACCUUUGUUGGUGGAUUUAGGGAACCAUGAUAAAGGAGGUGGAAGACCAUUUAAAUUUCAGAAUAUUUUGGCUGAUCACAAGGACUUCAUGGAGAGUGUUCAAAUAGCAUGGCAGUCUAUUGAAAGAAAUCACAAAAUGCAGAGUCUAUGGGUUAAAUUGAAAGCAGUUAAACAAGCUGUCAAGAAGCUUCAUCAAACUAACUACUCUCAUGCCUCACUGAAAAUUGAAGAGAAUAGGCAAAGACUUGCUGAAAUACAAUCCAUGCCAGACAUACACAUGAAUACUGAAGCUCAGGCAGAGGAGAGACAUUGCUACAAGCAACUUAAGCACUGGUUGAAAGUUGAUAAUAGCAUUUGGCAUCAGAAAUCUAGAAUUACAUGGAUUUCUCAGAGUGAUACAAAUUCUAAGUUGUUCUUUACCUAUGCAAAAGUAAGGAGAGCUCGGAAUAACAUUACUUUGAUUCAAAGUGAGAAUGGAGAUAUGUUGCACACUCCUGAUGAUAUUCAAGGGGAAUUAGUCUAA